AUGAGAUACAUUCAUUCCGAAGAGACCUUGACCGUCCCCGAGGGUGUCAAGGUCACCAUCAAGUCUCGCCUUGUCACCGUUGAAGGACCACGAGGAAAGCUCACCAAGAAUCUGAACCACCUGGCCGUCAACUUCUCUCACCCAAAGAAGGAUGUCAUCAACAUUGAGCUGCACCACGGUGCCCGUAAAAACGUCGCCACCCUCCGCACAGUCCGCACGCUCAUCAACAACCUGAUCAUCGGUGUCACCAAGGGCUUCAAGUACAAGAUGAGAUACGUCUACGCGCAUUUCCCGAUCAACGUCAACGUAUCCCAGAACAAAGAGACUGACCUGUACGAGGUCGAGAUCCGAAACUUCAUCGGUGAGAAGAUUGUGCGCAGAAUCGUCAUGCAACCCGGUGUCAAGGUCGAGACAUCAAGCAACCAAAAGGACCAACUGGAGCUGUAUGGCAAUUCUCUGGAGGGUGUUUCCCAAAGCGCAGCCGAUAUCCAACAAAUCUGCAGAGUGCGCAAUAAGGAUAUCCGGAAGUUCCUGGACGGUCUGUACGUUUCGGAGAAGGGCAAUAUCGAGGAAGAAGCAUGA